CAAAACACAGCGGGCGAACCCUAAAUUCAUCUGUUGAACAGUGUACUGAUUUUUCUCAGCAUUUGUUGUCAAUUUCAAUCCAUUAGCUGUCAAAACUUCUUAAUUAUUACUACUUCGUACGCCAUUUGCAUUGAUCUUUUGAAAUACUCCGUAGCUUUUAAUGAUAAAAAUUCUGACUUGUCCCCAUUGUUUUCAACCGCGUCUGGCGGCACAAAACGCGGUGGCGCCCAUAGCUGUAAUAGUUUGAGGACGAAGAAGAAGCGGUGACGCACUUACCUUAUUUUGGAGUGAAAACGAAAAAACAUCUGAAAUUUUAUGGGCGGUCUGAAUCUGCCGAAACACAGCAAGCAUAUGUUUUUCGAGGUUCAUGGAAGCAUGGUCGAAUUCAAAAGAUGAAUCGACACUUUAUGAAGCUGAAAUAAACCAUACUUCAAAUUGGGGUUUUGAAUUUUUUUCUAUGCUAGGAGUAGAAGAUUGGGUUUUUGAUGGCUGUAAGAAGAAGCUCAGGGUCAUGUUUGACCAAAUACUAAUAUCCUUUCUUAAUGAUGUAUCUAAAAACAGAUGCUUUAGGCCUCUCCCCGUAAUGAAUGGCUGUGGGCAUGAAGUGGAUUUGUUCAAACUGUACAGUAUAGUUAGAAGAAUUGGUGGGUAUAAUUCUGUUUCUAAGGAAAACUUGUGGGGUUAUGUUUCAGAGCAAUGCGGGUUGGAUUUUAGGGAAAUGUCGUUUGUGAAGCUGAUUUACAUCAAGUAUUUGAAUGAUUUUGAUCAAUGGAUUGGAGAGCAAUGCAGAGAUAGUGCUUUGGAGAAAGUAGAAAGUGGAUUGGUUAGGCGACUUGAACUAAUGUCUAGAGAGUUCAAGGUUAGGUUUGGAAACAUGUCCAGUAAUGAUUCUAAUCAGAAAACUGCUCAGAUUAAUCAAAAGAAUUCAGUCAUGAAGAAUGGUGGGCGGGAGGUACUCACUGAUGUUGAAAUUGGUAGUGUAUGUGAUUAUUAUGUGGAAUCAACCGAGAGGUUAGCUGUAAAUAAUAUUCAAAAGAAUAGACUCUUUAUUAAAAAUACUAAUGGAGAAAGUGUUACUGACUCUACUGCAUCAUCUCCCAAUAUGAGUGUUCAGAAAGUUGUCAAUUCGGUUGCAGAUUAUCCACAAGAAGAAUUUGUUGGUUGCAUAAAAGGGUCUGCUAAAGACAACGGUGACGUUGCUACCACAGCCAAAAACUAUACUGGGAAACUCAAUGAAGUGAAUACAUUGAAGAGAAAAUUGACACCUUCGUAUUUCUCGGAAAUUCUUGAUUGGGUGACCAGUGCAGCAAAACAUUGCGAUAGUCCUGAAAUUUUGAAGAUUCCUGAUUUGUCCCAGUGGAAGGAUCAUAGCAUAAAUGACUCGACCCAGAUUUUGUUGAUUAGACAAGUUCUACUGAACAAAAAUCAUUUUAGUUCAAAUUCUGAAGAGUCUGCUCCCCAGGUUAGCCUUUGGUAUUUCUACCCCCCAUCUUUAUAUAUUGACAUUUUUUUAGGUUAAUGAAUAUAUUCCAUAGCAUGAAAUGCGGGCAUUGCUGCAGUAAGUACAGUACUGUUGACACAUUUGAGUAGUUUGCGUAUUCAGAUCUUUUUAGGUUGUGUUUAUUGAAAAUGUACCUGAAUGAGUAAAGUAAUAAAGUAAGCAGAGUUAUCACUUAUCAGGACCAGAGAAUUUGAGUUGGCUAGUGAUCCCUUCAUAAACUCUUCCUCUGACAUGCAUAGAUUUUCGUAUUAUAAUACUCCGUACUCCGUAUGUCCUAAUAAAACACAGAUGUACUUCAUUGUCUUCUGAAAAAUGAUUCAUCUGACAAAGCAGAAUGGUUUGGUUCUUGUAUAUUACUAACCUUAACAAUAUCGAACUUGGCCAAUUUUUGUAGCUAAACCCUUAUUUUUAUUGUAUUCGGACAUACUAUCUCCGUCCCUUAAAACUUUGCCAAGUUUGACCGGCACGGGGAAUAAUAAAGUAAAAACUGUGUGGUUGAGGUUUGUAUAGAGGAGAGAGGAGAGAAAAUUAACUGGAACCACAAAUUCUUUACUUAAAAGGGAAAGUGGCAAAGUUAGUGGGACAUCCAAAAAAGGAAAGCUGGCAAACUUUUAAGGGACAGGGGAAGUAUUCUAUAGUCUUGACAUACAUUUAGUUCUCCUCUUCAGUCUUCUCACAUGGAAUCAGAAUCUUUUCCUCUGACAUGCAUAGAUUUUAGUUUUUUUUGACAAAAUGGCAUAUAUACGUGGAAGCAUCUGCCUUCUUCGGCAAUCAGAGACUUUUAGUUAUAUGUUUUCAUCCUUUGCCUUCAUUGACUAGAAAUCCUAUAAACAAACAAGAAUGCUUCAAUGAGUUCAAUUUUUCUUAGUAGUGUUUUUAGAACCAAAAUGGACUUGGAGGGUCCGCUGUGAAUUACUAGCACAUACUGUCCGACUAGUCCACUAUGAUCGGGAAUCUGAUUUUACCUCAAAAGCUGCUGCCGAGUGCCAAAUGAGAACACUGGUGGUACUGGGAAACCGGAUGCUUUAUUCUUACCGGUCGUUUACUUUUUUAAACAAUAAAGAAAAGCAAAGAACAAAAAUAUGCUGUUCAUUUCUUUUUACCAGCAUCAUAGCACACUUUAAAUGCCAAUUUUUAGAAAUUUGUCAUAUCCUUUUCGGAUUUAUCACGUGAACUUCAGAAACUUGUGAAUAGAUUUUGGAGGGAAAAAGGAGUCAAAAUUUGAGAAUUCGGGUCCUCACUAGAAAAUCAAGUGGUUUUGGAUCAAAAUUGUUUCUACGGUCACUUUGGGCUAAGAUAAAUUCUAUAUUUUGGAAAAUGGAAAUCACAUUAAAGAGUAAAGAUUAAACAUGUGAAAGAAAUCAAAGAAAGAAGGAUGAGAUCAAGACAGUUCGGUUUGCUUCUUUAGUUUUUCUUUGUAAUGGAAUGAUGAAUACUGUGG